AUGUCGAUGUCCAGUCCUUCUAUCAUCUUAUAUCAGGGCUUGAGAUGUACCAAAGUGCCCAGAAGUUCAAUUGCAGCGGCAACAUUGCCUGCCGUCGUGCCAGAGCCUACACCAUUCCUGCCAGUCUCAGUACAAGGCCCAGAACCCGUGACGACCACUCUACCAUCCAGUACGGAAACCGCCCAUGCAGUGUCGCUAUCAUCCCAUAUCGUCGUCGCUCCUUCAGAUGUCCAAUUACCCCCCCUCCCAACUACUUCCUCUCUCUCAGACUCUCCACCAGAUCACGAGAGCAACACAGACAUUCGCAAAUCCAUCCCAUCUCUUACCUCUUAUAAUCAGACAUCUGGCCUCUCGUCGACUGAGCUGUCGACUACACCGUCGAGAUCGGAAGUCGUGACGACUCCUACGGCAGAGACCGGGUUUAUGGUCGAGACACCCACAUCGAAUACAGUUACCGCAGCAUUUCCUUCCGCAACGAACCCUCUGCAGAACUUUUCGGAUCACGGGUCUGAAGACGUGCGCAACCGUCAUACACUUCGUACGAUUUUGGGCAGCAUCUUCGGUACUGUGGGCUUGAUCGCCGUCAUACUCCUCAUGUGCUUUCUGAUUUAUCGUUAUAGACGGCGAAAACCGCGCGACGGUCGAAGUCUCGGCGGGAGCGAGAAACUGCUGCGCGAUGGUCGGCACUCUGCAGACUCCUGGGCAAGCUCGCAGCAUGCCUUUUUAUCCAGAACAUCAUCUCUUUCGGAUGCUCCUUCUGCUCCAGACCAUGUGCCGGGUCCGAACAUGGGUUAUGCUCAUGUCAGAAAGGGAUCAUCUCAUCUCUCGCAGCCCAAUCCAAACCCAUCAGACGUAUCUCUUAACAUGCGGCCACGCAUACGCGACGCUAUUGGUGGAACUCAAGUUCACUCGACACCAGGCGACAAACCUUUUUGUCCCGAGGCUUCAACUCUCGCAGGGCCACAUUCGCCUUCAUACGAGAAACCAAUCUCGCCAGGCAUCCAAAUAAACCAGGACCAGCACUCCAUUUACAGCAGUGAACGCAGUCUAGGAAGUACCAUCAUUCUCCCAGGGCGAAGUAGCUUUGGCAGUAGCGUGCAAAGAGCGAGCUAUCCGAUAUCCAUAUCGGAUCUCGGGCCACCUGGACCAAAUGAUUCCGUGACAAGAGUCAGUACCCGGAGCGACCCGUUUGACCUGGAAGUCCCUCCAAACGCGAUACACAAGCGCAGCUCUGGCCCACUUGCCAGGGGUUGA